GGAACCUGAAUCAGCCAACGGCCGCGGGUUCCGACUGGAUGAUGAGUCGUGAAGGGCUGUGUUUUGCCACACAACGCAACGCUGCCACAGCCGGUGUGUGUUUGUUAAUUGGCGCUCGACCUUGAACUCGAUCGAACCCGAUUGCGCAGGUUCUUGAAGUGAAAUGCCGUGAAGGAUGGUUCACUACAAAUAUGCAAGCACUGCUUCCCAGAUCGAUUGCUGCUGCUGCUCGAUCGCGCUUCCUGUUCUGUUGCCGAAGUGGCCGUGGCCUAGCGACACUUUUCAAUCUGAAAAGUCUAUCUUUCUCCCUACUUGCUGGGCUCGAGGCUGAGCGGUAUCUGGAGCCGGCGGCGCAGGGCUGGGGAGUAGUGGUAGUGUUUGGGAUGAAUGAAAGAGGGAGCGAAAAUAAGAGUAAUUAG